AUGGACUUCGUCAGACAGCACUUCAGAAAGUCCACCUCGCCGUCCACCAUAGAGUCGGACGAGGAUGUUUUCUUUGACAAAGAUGGUCACCUCGAGUUCGCACCGAACGACCCCGAGAACCCAAAGAACUACUCGUAUGGACAGAAAUGCUAUAUCACCGCUAUCGCCAUCUCCCUCGUCAUGAACGCCACAUUCUCAUCUUCUGCCCCGUCCGGCUCUUUCCAGGGUAUCAGUGACGACCUCCACGUGUCUGUCGAAGCCGCUGGCCUUGUCACCACCCUCUUCCUCCUAGGCUACUGCGCCGGUCCGCUCUUCUGGGCGCCUCUAUCCGAAUUCUAUGGGCGUCGCUGGAUAUUUCAUAUCUCCUUCACGUUAUACCUUGCGUUUGGAUUUCUCUGUGCCUUCACGCCUAAUUUUGCCGGACUCUUGAUUGGUCGUUUCUUGACUGGUACGGCUGUCAGUGCCGCCCUGACGAAUGCGCCUGGCGUCAUCGCAGAUAUAUGGGGGGCUGUCGAGCGAGGCAAUGCCAUGAUUUUGUUUUCCACAAUGACAUUUGUGGGGCCCGCUCUCGGUCCCGUGGUCAGUGGAUUCCUCCAACUCAAGGAGACGUGGCGUUGGACCUUCUACGCCCUCCUCUGGAUGGCCGGUGCCACCGAGCUUCUGCUGAUCACUCUUCCCGAGACACUUCCCAUGAUGGUUCUCCGUAAUAAAGCUCGCCGCCUGCGGAAAAUACCUGGCAAGGAGAGCGUAAAAGCCCCAGUCGAGGUAUCGGAUCGCUCCCUGGGAGGCAUCUUCAAAGUCGCCCUAACCAGGCCUUGGAGACUUCUUUUCGACCCAAUCAACUUCUUCGUCUCUAUAUACUAUGCUGUGGUCUAUACUCUGCUGUAUAUGCUGUUCAGCAUUUACCCUAUUGUCUUCCAGCAGAAGCGUGGCUGGAACGCCGGCGUCGGUGAACUGCCAUUGAUCGGCACAGUCAUCGGCGCGUGUCUAGGCGGCCUAGUGCUGUUCAUCAAUAGCCAGAUAAGCCAGAGAGGAGUCACUAGCCAACGGAAAUCCGUCCCAGAAGAUCGCCUUCCUGGAGGGAUGGUUGGCGGGGUUAUGUUCGUCGUGACAAUAUUUUGGUUCGCUUGGACGGCGGAAUACAAUUCAGUCCACUGGGCCGUUCCAACUGUGGCGGGCACCUUCCUUGCAACUUCAAUCCUACUCAUCUUCGUCGUCUUCAUCAAUUACAUCAUUGACUCGUACCUGAUGUACGCCGCAUCUGCCGUGGCAGCAAACACGGUUCUGCGGUCCGCCUGCGCCGCGGCGUCCCCGCUCUUCACGCAGUACAUGUUCGACACGCUGGGCGUGGGAGGGGCUGGUUCGCUAAUUGGAGGCGUGGGCGCAUUGAUGGCGCCUAUUCCUUUCAUAUUCUAUAAAUACGGUGGCAAAAUCCGGGCGCGGUCCAAGUUUGCGCCUACAGACGAGACGCCGCACACUCCUGCAGAUGAGGAGAAGGCCGUGAAUAGCAGAUCUCCCAGCCAUACCUCUGAAAGGUAG